AUGGUGGAUCCCGGUGAAAAGUGCACCGAUACGCUGAAACGUGAAUUUGGCGAGGAGGCGAUGAACGCGAACGAGGCUUCACCGGAAGAACUGGACCACAUCAAGAAAUUAAUUAGCGAUUUCUUUGAAACCGGUGAUGAAGUCUAUCGUGGUUACGUGGACGAUCCACGAAAUACGGACAACGCAUGGAUGGAAACAGUUGCCGUGAAUUUUCACGACGAAACUGGACAAAAAAUUGCAAAAUUUGCGCUCAAGGCCGUCAGCUCUAUGCCGACACCAACUAUUGAGCCCGCCACAGUCCUAAAACAGCUACUAAAAUCUAAGUUGAGUAAAGCAUCGGGUCCGGAUGAACUAUCACCUGUUGUACUUAGGAUAUUCUGCGUACACGGUGGACUGUCACCGGCUAUCGCAACACUGGAUCAGAUCCGCACAAUCGAUCGCAAGCAAGAAGUACCCCAUGAUGGUCCUAUGUGCGAUCUUUUGUGGUCUGAUCCAGAAGAAACAAACGGUUGGGGCGUUAGUCCACGCGGUGCGGGAUACCUUUUCGGUUCAGAUAUUGUCGCAAAUUUCAAUCAGGAUGUCCGAAAUAUCCCAGCCCGCAAACCGGUCCCGGACUAUUUCCUAUAA